UGCUCUUCUCUCUCUCUAAAAGCAGAGGGAUGAAGAGAGAGGGAGAGAGACUGAGAUAACAAAAAGAAUUCAGUUUCGACUCUAUUCGCCACAAACACUGCAGAAAAGAAAUGAGAACAAGCCAAUUUUCAUUGUUUAUAUAACUUUCCUCCCGUUCGAUUUCCUUCUCAGAAGAAAAGCUUCUUGGGGAAGCAAAAAUGGCGUCUGGAAGCAGGGGAACUUCAGCUCCAUCAGCAGCAGCUGCUAACCACCGCAACCACUACAGCAACCAGAAUUACGACCAGCAGCCGCCGCAGUCAUCGGGAACCAGCAACUUGAGGCCUCCCCCGCCGCCUCCGUCCUCGUCGGCGGCGGCGGAGUCAGUGAGCAAAGCGAUUGCGCAGUACACUGUGGACGCGCAGCUGCACGCGGUUUUCGAGCGGUCCGGCGAGUCAGGUAGGUCUUUCGAUUACUCUCAAUCCGUGAGGACGACUAACCAGUCCGUACCGGAGCAGCAAAUCACGGCGUACCUCUCCAAAAUCCAGCGCGGCGGACACAUCCAGCCGUUCGGCUGCACGAUCGCCGUCGACGAAGCUUCCUUCGCCGUAAUCGCCUACAGCGAGAACGCGCGCGACAUGCUCGGCUUAACUCCCCAAUCAGUCCCUUCCCUGGAGAAGCAAGAAAUUCUCUCAAUCGGCGCCGAUGUCCGCACAAUCUUCACUUCCUCGAGCUCAAUUCUGCUGGAGAAGGCGUUCGGAGCCAGAGAAAUCACGCUGCUCAACCCUCUCUGGAUCCACUCCAAGAACUCCGGAAAGCCGUUCUACGCGAUUCUCCAUCGAAUCGAUGUGGGGAUCGUCAUCGAUUUGGAGCCUGCGAGAACUGAGGAUCCGGCGCUUUCCAUCGCCGGCGCCGUACAAUCCCAGAAGCUAGCUGUUCGAGCGAUCUCCCAAUUGCAAUCUCUCCCCGGAGGUGAUAUCAAGCUCUUGUGCGAUACUGUGGUUGAGUGCGUUCGAGAGCUCACAGGCUAUGACAGAGUCAUGGUCUACAAGUUCCACGAGGAUGAGCAUGGAGAAGUAGUGGCAGAGAACAAAAGACCUGAUUUGGAGCCGUACAUCGGUUUGCAUUACCCUGCUACUGAUAUCCCUCAAGCUUCCCGGUUCUUGUUCAAACAGAAUAGGGUUAGGAUGAUAGUCGAUUGCCAUGCUUCCCCAGUCCGUGUGUUUCAGGAUGAAGGGCUGAUGCAGCCAUUGUGCUUAGUUGGUUCAACUCUCCGUGCUCCACACGGUUGCCAUGCUCAGUACAUGGCAAAUAUGGGUUCCACUGCUUCGUUAGCCAUGGCUGUGAUCAUCAAUGCCAAUGAUGAAGAUGGCGGAGGGAGGAACGCAAUGAGACUAUGGGGAUUGGUGGUCUGUCAUCACACUUCAGCUAGGUGCAUACCUUUUCCACUUCGUUAUGCUUGUGAGUUUCUUAUGCAGGCUUUUGGUCUUCAAUUGAACAUGGAGUUGCAGUUGGCUUCUCAAUUAUCAGAGAAACGUGUUUUGAGGACUCAAACCCUUCUUUGUGACAUGUUGUUGAGAGAUUCCCCACCCGGGAUUGUCACUCAGAGUCCUAGCAUUAUGGAUUUGGUGAAGUGUGAUGGAGCAGCAUUGUAUUACCAAGGGAAGUACUACCCGCUUGGUGUGACUCCAACUGAAGCACAGAUUAAGGAUAUUGUAGAGUGGUUGCUGGCGUUCCAUGGCGAUUCAACUGGUUUAAGUACUGAUAGUUUGGGGGAUGCUGGAUAUACUGGUGCAGCUUCACUUGGCGAUGCAGUUUGUGGGAUGGCGGUUGCUUAUAUCACAAAGAAAGACUUCUUGUUCUGGUUCAGGUCACAUACAGGCAAAGAGAUUAAAUGGGGUGGCGCCAAACAUCACCCACAGGAUAAAGAUGAUGGCCAAAGAAUGCAUCCUCGUUCUUCAUUCAAGGCCUUUCUUGAAGUAGUGAAGAGUCGUAGCUUGCCAUGGGAAAAUGCAGAGAUGGAUGCGAUACAUUCUUUGCAACUGAUUCUUCGUGACUCAUUUAAAGAUGCUGAAGUUGCAGCGAAUUCUAAAUCUAUUGUACCUGCACAACUCGACGAGAUGGAGUUGCAAGGCGUGGAUGAACUGAGCUCGGUGGCUAGAGAAAUGGUGAGGCUUAUAGAGACUGCAACAGCUCCAAUAUUUGCGGUUGAUGUGGAUGGGAGAAUAAAUGGUUGGAAUGCAAAGGUUGUUGAAUUGACAGGGCUUUCAGCUGAAGAAGCUAUGGGGAAAUCUUUGGUUCAUGACCUUGUCUAUCAGGAAUAUGCAGAAACCGUUGACAAGCUUGUUCAUGAUGCUUUAAAAGGUGAAGAAGAUAAAGAUGUGGAGAUAAAAUUAAAGACGUUUGGCUCUGGACAUGAGAAAACACCCAUCUUUGUAAUAGUGAACGCUUGUUCUAGCAAGGAUUACAUGAACAACAUAGUUGGAGUUUGCUUUGUGGGUCAAGAUGUGACUGGUCAAAAAUUGGUAAUGGAUAAGUUCGUUAACAUACAAGGUGAUUACAAGGCCAUAGUUCACAGUCCAAACCCUUUGAUCCCUCCCAUAUUUGCUUCAGAUGAGAAUGCAUAUUGCUUGGAGUGGAAUACUGCCAUGGAAAAGCUCACAGGUUAUACCCGAGGUGAAAUCGUAGGGAAGAUGUUGGUUGGGGAAGUGUUUGGCGGCUGCUGCCGCCUUAAGGGUCCAGAUGCUUUAACCAAUUUCAUGAUCCUUCUUCACAAUGCGAUUGGAGGACAAGAAACGGAAAAAUUCCCGUUUGCCUUUUUUGACAAGAAUGGGAAAUAUGUUCAAGCUCUUCUGACAGCAAACAAGAGAUCAAAUGUUGAGGGACAGAUUAUAGGGGCGUUCUGCUUCUUGCAAAUCGCUAGUCCUGAAUUGCAGCAAGCUCUGAAAGUUCAAAGAGAGCAGGAGAAGAGAUAUUUUGCGAGGAUGAAGGAAUUGGCUUAUAUAUGUCAGGAGAUAAAGAACCCUUUGAGUGGUAUACGGUUCACUAACUCGCUCUUGGAAGCUACCGAGCUGAGUGAAGAUCAGAAGCAGUUUAUUGAGACCAGUGCUGCCUGUGAGAGGCAGAUGUUCAAGAUUGUAAGAGAUGCUGAUCUUGAGAACAUCGAAAACGGAACGUUUGAUUUCGAGAGGACCGAGUUCUUUCUGGGGAGUGUCAUAAACGCUGUGGUUAGCCAAGUGAUGUUGUUGCUGAGGGAAAGGAAUCUGCAACUGAUACGUGAUAUUCCAGAGGAAGUAAAAUCUCUGGCCGUUUGUGGUGAUCAAUCCAGAAUCCAACAGGUGUUAGCUGACUUCUUGUUGAAUAUGGUGAGGUAUGCUCCUUCCUCGGAUGGCUAUGUUGAGCUCCACGUUCGUCCUUCUCUGAAGCAAAUAGCGGAUGGUCACACCGGUGUCCGUACAGAGUUCAGGAUGGUUUGCCCUGGUGAAGGACUUCCACCAGAAGUGGUUCAAGACAUGUUUCACAGCAGCAAAUGGGCAACUCAAGAAGGCCUGGGACUCAGCAUGUGCAGGAAGAUACUGAAGCUCAUGAAUGGUGAAGUCCAGUACAUCAGAGAGUCAGAAAGGUCUUACUUCCUGGUCAUCCUUGAGCUUCCCAUGGCCCGAAAUGGCGACAAAACUACUGGUGACUAA